AUGUCAGCUAUAAGAAAAAAACGUAAACCAAUGGUCCCCAUAAAAACCUUAGACGUUAUAUUCAGGCGCAGAUAUGUACCUAACACGCAACAUUAUUUUGCAAAUCGUAAGCAUGCCGUACCUCAAAAUGCAUUAAGGAAGAAACCCAUGCAACCAUUUCGUGUACCAAAGUCUGAAAAGUUACUGUCAUACAUAAAGUAUAGUGAUCGUAAGGAGAAGGUUACAACACGAAAUAGAUUGGCCCAACCACUUCAUUUAAAAGAUAAUUUAAGGAUUGCGGCAACACGAGAUAUCUCAGAAAGACUUUUCAUAGAAGAACCAGAAGAUGAUGUAAGGGCAGUCGUUGAAAUUCAUCCUGAAUUCUAUACCGUAAUCGAGGGGCGUCCUUUACGGUGUUUUGAUGAUAUAAAAGUGUACACCAACAAUAUAAGAGCAUAUGCUAUGAAUCGUCAGCAAAUCGGAUAUCGACGAGAUUUAAUUCUCAAGAUAAAUAAAAGUAUGAUAGAGGAAUCUGAUCAGUAUGACAAUAUAGUAAAUAAAUUAAAACAACACAUUAAAAAUUUUCAAAAAUUUUUGACGGAGGACUAUAAAAAAGCGUGUGUAAAGGUUUCUAAGGCUGAAAAAGUUUACGUUGAACUGGUAGCAAAAGAUAACGAAUUUCUUGGAUACGCUUCAGUUUUAAAUAUAUUAAACAAUGUAUUAUUCAAGCUUGAUGCCAUCAGAAGUAUACUAAAAACUUAUAGAAGUUAUUUGAUGUUCGUAGCUCCCUUAUCAUGGAGACAAAUCAAUGAUGAAACUUUAACUGGAAGGGUACAGUCUAUUCAGUUUGAAGAAGGCGUAUUUGCAACAGAUAAUGAUUUAGUAGAGACUUUAGACAUCGAGAAAAUGGUUGAAAUUGCCAAAAGUGAACUGAAAUAUCCACCUUCUGCAAAGUUAUAUUUUAAAAGGCCUGCGCAGAUGAUGUAUUUGUUUCGGAGUAUGGAAUUGCAAAGCAGGGAAUAUCUGAUACAGUUGGCUAAAAUGGCUGCCCCAAAUAGAUUAUUACGUGAGCGAAUAAAACAUCUAAAACAAGUUACAACUCAAGAGUUUGAUUAUUUCCAAUAUUACAUUGAUCGAAUAAAUAUCGAAAUAUCUAGAGAAAAAUUUAAUGAAUCUCAUUUACGUGAGAAAUUUUUCCGCAUAUUAAAUGAAUCUUUUCAUGACAGUAUUGCAAGUCCCGCUACGCUGAAGUUGAAAAUUUGUAUAGAAUUCGUGUAUGAAGAGAUAUUUGGCAAAUGUGAGGAAGGACAUCAAAGUUUGCAUGAUCCUAUGAAGGUGCUAGAAGUAAUGUAUGAAGAUUACAACUUACGCCUAGAUUCUCUUGAUUUCAAAAUUGUCAAUCAAGCUAGGAAUGACUUUUUCGCACAAGAUUUGAAGGUCAUGCAUAAUGCUUAUAAAGCUCAAAGAGAGUUAAAAGCUUUUAGAGAAAUGACUUGCGCUAUGAAUAAAGCGUUCUUAAAACCUGCAGCUUUUCGUCGUCCUGUAUUAAAAAAAAUUAAAGAUAAAAAACCUGUGUCACAAACUUUCAAAACUGGAGAACAUUCUGAAAAACCGAAACAAAAAAAGUACACAUUAUCUCAAGAAGAAAGAGAAGGAUUGAUAUUGUUUACAGAUUGGUGUGAAGGCGUUGAUCCAGCUCCUUACUUACAUGAAUAUUAUACUUACACUUUGCCAGCUUUCCAAUGGGUAUCCCGAAAAUCUAGUAUGCAUUUAAAAUAG